AUGCGAAAAGAAACUAUGCCGCAAACUACGAGCAAGGAGAUCACGAUUCUUACCUCUUCGCUCUUUGAUUCCAAGAAGAAACAGUUCCUUAAAGACGUAUCUCUCACAAUUGACCCGAGUACUGGCUUAAUCACCAAAGUUGCACAAACACCCUCAUCCCUACUUAGACAUGAAGAAUUACCCCUAUACACAAUCGACCUCCGCGGCCUCACAGUCCUGCCGGGUCUAGUCGACGCGCACACCCACGUGUUCCUGCACCCGUACUCAGAAGUCUCCUCGCUGCACCAGAUGCGCGAUGAAAGCUUCGUCGAGCGGAUCGUGCGGGCGACGAACCACGCGAAAGCCGCGCUGAUGGCGGGGUACACGACCUACCGCGACCUCGGCACCGAAGGGCUCCGCGACGCGGACGUCGCGCUCAGGGACACCAUCAACCGGGGCAUCAUCCCGGGGCCGCGGCUGCUCGUGGCGACCGAGUGCAUCGCCUCGAGCGGCGGCUACGAGAUCCGCCAGGAGAACGGGCUGCCGGGCGUCGGCACGAGCGUCCCGCGCAUCUCGGACGCGGCGGACGGCGUGGCGGGCGUACGCGCCGCCGUGCGCAGGAGGCUCGGCGCGGGCGCCGACGUCGUCAAGUUCUACGCCGACUACCGCAAGCGCGCGCUGCGGUUCCCGCAGCCCGCGUGGCCGGGCGCGAGGCAGAUCUGCUGCGCGCCGUCGGCCGACGUGUUCGACGGCCAGCGCAACCCGAACGUGCUCCUGUUCACGCAGGAGGAGAUGGACGAGAUGGUGGCCGAGGCGAGGCGCGAGGGGGCGCCGAUCGCCGCGCACGCGCAGAGUCCGCGGGCCGUGGUCAUGGCGGCGAAGGCGGGCGUGACGACGGUUGAGCAUGGGUUCGUGCCGAGCGAGGAGGCGCUGCGGGCGAUGAAGGAGAAUGGGACGAUUUUUGUGCCGACGUUGGCGGUUUUGCAGGUUUCACUCGGCGACGAGGGCCAGGCGAUGAAUGCUAUCUUGGCUCAUACGAAAGCGGCGUUUGACCGGGGCAUCAAGCUUGCUACGGGAGGCGACACGGGGGCUUUUGCGCAUGGUGAGAACGUGUUUGAGCUGGAGUUGAUGGCGAGGGCGGGUAUUCCCGUUCCUGUUAUUUUACAAGCGGCAACGCUGCACGGAUGGGAAGCCUGUGGUGGAGACCUUAGCGGCCGGAAGUUUGGAGCGUUGGAGGAGGGGUUUGCUGCGGAUAUAAUCGCGGUAAAAGGAGAUCCAGCUGAAGACCUUAGUGCGUUGAGGAAGGUCAGCUUUGUCAUGAAGGAUGGGGUCGUUUAUAAGGAUGACCACAACCAUGCAUCUAGAAUUCAAUAG